AUGGCAGUGGAUCUCCAAUCAGAGAUCGAGACUCAUCGCGAUGCGUACGCGUCGCUCACGGGCACGGGCCGUCGUCUGCUGGGCUCGCUCUCCUCGCAAGAAGACGCUGUCAUGCUGCAGAGGAGACUGGAUGAGAUGAACCAGAGAUGGCACCAUCUGAAGGCCAAGAGCAUGGCUAUAAGGAAUAGACUGGAGAGUAACGCAGAACAUUGGUCAGCGUUACUCCUGUCAUUGCGAGAGCUCACAGAAUGGGUGAUAAGGAAGGAGACUGAGUUGAACGCACUAGCGCCACCCCGCGGAGACUUGCCCGCACUAGUCAAGCAACAGGACGACCACCGCGCCUUCCGGAGACAGUUGGAAGACAAACGCCCAGUGGUAGAAAGCAACCUCCUCAGCGGUAGGCAGUACAUCGCCAACGAGCCACCGUUGUCUGACACCAGUGAUACUGAAGCGAGCCGCGAGAACGAGGGGGAUUCCCGCGGGUACCGCUCCGCGGAGGAGCAAGCUCGCGAGCUUGCUCGCUCGAUCAGGCGCGAGGUCGCCAAGUUGGCGGACAAGUGGAACAGUCUUAUCGACAGGAGCGACAAUUGGGGAAGGCUUUUGGAUGACGCUGUACAGCGGGUCCGCUCCUUCACCAACUCGUUGGAUGACCUCACCAGCCGGGUACAGGCGGCCGAAGCUGCCCGCGCGUCCUGGAGGGGUCCAGGUGACGCCAGAGAUGCUCGCCAGCAACUCGAUGCCGUCUCCAGGGCCAGGGCUCAGCUCCCACCGCUGAGGAGACUCGCUGAUGAGCUGCACUCCCAAGCCCAGGCGUUAGCCAGGGACAAGAUCCAGCUGCCUGAACAUCUGUUGGGGAGACUUGAUGAUUUGAACACCAGAGUCGGAGCCCUCUGCACGGGUGGGGAGGAGCGCGCGCGGCAGCUGGCCGGCGUCGCCCGGGACGGCGGCGCGGGCGCAGCGCAGGGCUUCCUCGCCGGCUCCGUGGACCAGCCCUGGGAAAGGGCCGUCACGCCUGCCAAUGUACCUUAUUAUAUCAAUCACGAACUAGAAACGACCCACUGGGACCAUCCGAAGAUGAUCGAGCUGAUGAACUCCCUGGCGGACCUGAACGAGGUUCGAUUCUCGGCGUACAGGACCGCACUCAAACUUAGGACCGUGCAGAAGGCAUUGUGCAUGCACAUGCUCCAACUGCCAGCAGCUUUAGAAGCGUUCGACUCCCACGGACUCCGAGCCCAGAAUGACAGGCUCAUUGACAUACCUGACAUGAUUACAGUUCUCACCAGUUUGUAUGAGGUCAUAGCAGCCGAGAAUCCCAGCUUGGUGAACGUGCCUCUCUGUCUGGAUUUGUCCAUCAACUGGUUGCUCAACGUGUACGACAGCCAACGCACUGGUCAAAUCAGGGUGUUGAGCUUCAAGGUUGGAUUGGUCCUGCUCUGCAAAGGACAUUUGGAGGAAAAGUACAGAUAUCUGUUCAGGCUGAUAGCUGACCCUUCAUGUCGCGCGGACCAAAGAAAACUUGGAUUACUUCUACACGAUUGUAUACAGGUUCCUCGCCAGCUUGGUGAGGUAGCGGCGUUUGGGGGAUCCAACAUUGAACCUUCAGUCAGGAGUUGCUUCGAGCAAGCCUCAGCUGCUUCCAAGGAGGGCGGUAAAGGCGGCACUCUUGACAGGAAGUCGAUUGACAAAGAAAAAGAGAAAGAAGAUACGAAAGAGAAGACGCUAGAAAGAGACGCCGACGGCCAAUUGCAGUACAUCGAGGCUUUCCACUUCCUCCAAUGGCUUCAGAAGGAACCGCAGUCCAUGGUGUGGCUCCCUGUGCUGCACAGGCUGGCUGCUGCGGAGACUGCUAAGCAUCAGGCCAAGUGUAACAUCUGCAAGGAGUAUCCUAUCAUUGGGUUCAGGUGA